AUGCCUAACUUUAAUUUAUUUCCACUUGUCAGCCCUGCCGUUCCGCACGGCUCUCGACUCAUUUCGCUGCAGGUGGUUGCCCAGCGCAUGAAGUCUGUUGGAAACAUACAAAAAAUAACUGCAGCCAUGAAGAUGGUGGCUGCUUCACGUUUGAAAGGAGCUCAAACCAAAAUGGAGAAAUCACGUGGCCUUGUAGAGCCAAUGGUACGAUUACUUGGUGAUCAACCAGGUGUGGACGCCGAGAGGACACUGCUUGUACCAGUUUCGUCUGACAAAGGUCUUUGUGGUGGUAUUAACUCGACUGUUGUCAAGUAUUCGAAGGUAGUCGCUGGACUUUCUGGGGCUCAAGUGCCGUUGUUGACUAUAAUUGGUGAGAAAGCUCGAGGACAACUUUCUAAGGCGUAUGCUGAGACACUUACGGGAGCUAUAGUAGAUCUGUCAAAAGUUCCACUGACGUUUGCGACUGCCUCACUUGUUAGUGAUACUAUCUUGAACCAGGGCGCCGGAAAACAUCAGAUCGUCUACAACCGUUUUCAGUCAGUGAUCUCGUUCAAGCCAACUGUUGCUACCGUAUACUCUUCUGGGGAAUAUGAGAAGGCAGCAGAGAGCGGCAUGAAUAACUUUGAUGCUUAUGAGCUUGAGGGACCUGAGCGUUCAGAAUUUCUUCUUGACCUAUCAGAGUUCAAUAUGGGUGUUGUUGUGUACAACGCAUUGCUUGAAAACUCUACCUCAGAGCUUGGUUCUCGCAUGCAGUCGAUGGAAAAUUCGACGAAAAAUGCCAAAGACAUGCUCGGCAAGCUUACACUUCUCUACAACCGUACUCGGCAGGCAUCUAUCACAACAGAACUCAUAGAAAUCAUCUCUGGUGCAUCUGCACUUGAAGGCUAA